CGGCCAUUUUGCGGAGGCUGGGCUCCUCCUGCCGGGCGGGGCUUCCUCCCGCCAUGCGGGUGCCAUGGCGGACUGGGGGCGAGGGCAGAAUGCGGUUGCCAUGGAAGACAUGCUGGACGUGGAAAACAAGCGCAUGGCAGACAGCCUGGCCAGCAAAGUUACCAGGCUGAAGUCGCUGGCUCUGGAUAUUGAUAAAGACACUGAUGAACAAAACCGAUACCUGGACGGCAUGGAUUCAGAUUUUAUGAGUGUGACUGGCCUGCUGACUGGUAGUGUGAAGCGUUUCACCACCAUGACACGGUCCGGGAGGGAGAACCGCAAGUUACUCUGCUUUGUUUCUAUAGGACUGAUUGUUGUUUUCUUCAUCCUCUACUAUCUUGUGUCCAAAGUGGGGACUUGAUCAUGGUUCUUGUGCAGCAGUUUUACUGAACUAAAAUUAUGUGAUUGACAGACUUGUUCAGCGCCUUUCUAGGUCUGCCGUGCUUCGGGAUCUUUGGGACUUCCCAACAGACAUUCCAAAUAACUUUUCACCAGCGUUUUGUCACUGUUCUGGCUGGUCUUGGAGAUAAAAUGAGUAUUCCAGUGACAGCACACCCACGAGGCAGCUCCAGAUGAGGUCCCUAUGCCCACACAGUGACAGUUGUGGGUCACAGAAUGACCACAGAGCACAGGCAUCUGCCCUCAAAACCUCCAGCCUCAUAUGUACCAGCACCAGCUCCUGGAGCUGGGCCAGCACCUGCACCAACCCCCCUCUUCAUCCACCUGGUGGAUGCUCAAUACACUCCAACACCUCCAGCAGCAGUAUCACCUUCUCCAUGUCCACUGAGAACUUGGCCAACAAUUCAUGAGUGGUGCCAAGCAAUGGCUGAGACACGUGUUCAUCCAUCUGUACUUUAUGCUGCAGCUUCUGGGGUUAUUUCCAUCCUGGGGGGGGGUUGUCCCUGUGUCACCCAUGUGGUGGUGAUGGCCAACAGCUCCAGAAGGGCCUUCUGGCAGUCAGUGAGGGCAUCCCACAGCAGCAUGGUACUGACCCUGUCCCACUCAUGCAGCCGCUUUCUGGUGCAGUCCCAUAAGCUGUCCACCAGGAACAUGGCAUGCUUGUGGAGCUCGUUGCAGAGGAAGAAAUGCCACAACAGGCAGACAAACAGGCAGUUGUCACUGUCACGUAGUAAUGCCAUGUCACUGUCACAAUGGGGGUCCCACAAGCUGUGGUACAGUAACAGUCUGGUGGCAACGCGGUGAGUGCCAAACACCACCAGGUACACCUGGUGACAGUCGGUCAUAGAGACUGCCUCUGGGAGAAUUCCUUGAUCAACAGCCCAGCAAACUCCACCCCCACCUCUGAGUCCUUAUCCAGCACCACGGCCAACAGGCAGCCUUUGGAUCACCCAGUGAACAGCUCCAUCUCAGCAGCCAUGUUCCACAGCACCUACAGAUCCUGCAGUGCCCGGACACAGUGUGGCUGCACCUCCGCCUGCUUGUCAUAUAGGGUCCACCCCAAGUACUUGAGGUGUCCAGUGGUGAGGACUGAUGCUGGGAAGCGCUGCAUCCACGUCCUCAACUCCUCCAUGAGUCCACCGAGCAGAAAACCACUGUACAGGACACUGACUGCACCACAGGGCCACUGCCAUAACCAGGUCCCCUAAAGGGACCCAGAAGCAGCAUCAGGGCUGUAUCUGCAGGGACAGCAAGUACUUGGACAAGUGCUCCUGGAAGAGGUCCGUCAGUCACUGGAUGAUGUUGGUGUUGUCAAUCUCCCACAGCAUUGCUCUGUCACCAUCCCUUGGCAGCUGCAGGAAUAUGGUGGUGUGGUUGUGCUUGUAGCCCUCCAGCCACUCAUCAGCCACCGUCUGGACAGCUACCUGCCCUGCAAUGACCACUUCAUACUAAAAGGAUUUCCACAUAUCACAUGGUUUUGAUGUUCAUGCCUUUAUCUCUUGCCUCGUUACUUAUGUCUUGCAGCCAAUUCUUAAGGGAUACUUUUGUCUUAUCUCUGUUACUGAUAGUUGGCAAAUCUUACAAAUCCAGACAUUUGUCAAUACAAGUUUAAUAAAUCAGCAGAGCUUUGAAAGCUGCAAAGUUUAGGGUGAUGAUUAUAAAUCUUUGGAAUUAUGAAUGUGCAGUGUAGUCCAGUGUGGCCACUAAGCUCUUAGACAUAAGGAAAAACUUUUACUCUCAGAGAGUAGUCAGGCACUGGAAUGGCCUGCCCAGGGAGGUGGUAAAGGUGCUGUCCCUGGCAGUGUUCAAGAGGCAUCUAGACGAGGAGCUAUGAGAUCUUGUGUAGUGGCUUGUAGCAAUGAUAAUAGGAGGAUGGUUGGACUAGGUGAUCUUGUAGGUCCUUUCCAACCUUUUGAUUCUAUGAUUCUUGUGCUUGGUCUCAGUUUCCUGUUGAGUUGGAGACCUGCUAAUAUCCUUGGUGUCACAGUGUUGAAAUUCAAUCUGUAGUUUUGAAAUGAAGUUAGCAUUAGAUAUUAACCCUGAUACUCUCUGAUGGUUUCAGCAAAGAGUUGCUGAGGAGCACAACUUUGAUUACUCGCUUGGUCUUCUUUAUCAUCCAUCUAGGUAAAGUUUUGAAUGGACCCAGCAGGAAGGGUUGGGUCAAAGUCCACAAACUGCCUUGAUUUGCACACAUAUAGUGCAAAAGAUUUUAAGAGGACAGAAGAGAAAGCUAAUUACAGCCUUGUUACAGUUAAUUUCAGGUAUUAGAGCACCCUGCUAUUAAAGCACUUUGGAAAGUGUGGAAAGUUUGGAAAGUCAAGUAAAACUUCUACACCAUGCUGUUCGGGUGAUGCUGGAGAGGUCAAGGAAAGAUUCAGUCAGAAGGCUAAGGGAUUUACUUAUUCAUAUAGGAGGCAACCUAAGAAACAAUUAACUUGAUUUGCAGAUCCCUGUCUGCAGUGCUGGUGUCAGACAUGUGGCAAAGCACACCCCAACCAGUUCGGUUUACAAAACAGGUGUUCCCCACAACUGUGCAGUGCAGUGUGGUAGCUGGAAAAUAAAAGUUCCCUUCCCCUUUUUGUCUUUGCACAUCAGAGCUGAUCAGCAUCUCACUUGUGUUACACCCUAGCUGUGUUCUUUCAUAGCUGAAUUAUUCAAGACUGCCUCUAAUUCCAGUAAGAGAUUUGUAACUUUAAAAACACUAUGCCUGUUUGGGGAAAGACAAAAAACAAAAAGCUCUUUCUCACACCAGACAAACCUCCACUGCAGAAGCCUCCUGCUCUGACUCUACAAAGCGGCUGUACAAAGGCACUAUGUUUUAUCUCGUCUGUUUUCUGUACCAAAUACUUGUAUGUACUGGUUUUCCCUGCUCCAAGUCUCUGCUUAUUUGGCUUUCUUGUCCUCCAGUAACCUCUGUAGAACUGACACAUUUCCCCUCCUGUUUCAGUUUUCCUCCUCUCUAACAAGCCUAUAUUCAUCAAUGGCUGCAAGUUUCCUUUGGCUUUGGACUAAUCCAGGUCCAGAUGGAAAUAGACAGUGUUGUCCUUUGUUCAGCUAUGCCAAAACACUAAGUCCUACUGUAGCUGGAUUAGGUGUCUUUUUUUUCCAAGCUUGGGAAAGGAUGUGCAGGGAAGGUGGGUAGAAAAGGAGGCAGCAGUGACUCAUUUGGUUCUUACUACUGCUUCCGUUAAAUGUGGCAGCUCCCAACUCUUGUCCAUUCUGAAGCUGAUAACUUAUUAUGAAGUGCCACCAGAACAGUCUGAUCUUCACGACAGUGGCAGUUUCAAUUUGCUUUAGCUUUUGUAAAUAAAACACUGGGUUUAGACUGUU